GAACUCACAUCUCCUGCCAACAUGUCCCACAGCUGCUGCUCUGGAAACUUCUCCUCCCGCUCCUUUGGGGGAUACCUGCGCUACCCCAGCUCCUCCUGUGGCUCAUUGUACCCCAGCAACCUGGUCUACCGCACUGACGUCUGUUCUCCCAGCACCUGCCAGGUGGGCUCCUCCCUCCAUACUGGCUGUCAGGAGACGUGCUGUGAACCUACCAGCUGCCAGACAUCGUGUGUGGUGUCCAGCCCCUGCCAGACAUCCUGCUACCUCCCGAGGACCUCCAUGCUCUGCAGUCCCUGGUGGACUGCUUACCCUGGGUCUGUGGGCCUUGGGUCCAGAAGCUGCUACUCCCUGGACUAUGGAACCAGAAGCUGCUAUUCACUGGGUUGUAGAUCCCAGGGUUUCAGACCCCUGGGUUUUAGAGUCUGUGGCUUCCCUUCCCUGAGUUAUGGAUCCAGAUUCUGCUGCCCAACCUACUUCACCUCUAGGAGCUGCCAGUCAUCGUAUUACAGGCCAGCCUGUGGCUCUGGCUUCUAUAGAUUAAUUUGUUGA